AUGAGCACUUUCGGCACGCUUUUCAAAGUCACCACCUACGGCGAGUCGCACUGCAAAUCUGUGGGCUGCAUUGUUGACGGAGUUCCGCCCGGAAUGGAUCUCGAUGAGUCCGAUAUUCAGCCCCAGCUGACCCGUCGAAGACCUGGCCAGUCGGCUCUGACCACUCCUCGAAACGAGCGAGAUGCGGUUGCUAUCCAGAGUGGAACCGAGUACGGCAAGACUCUGGGUACCCCCAUUGCCAUGCUGGUUCAGAACAAGGACCAGCGACCCCACGACUACUCGGAGAUGGACGACUACCCCCGACCUUCUCAUGCCGACUACACCUACCAGGAGAAGUACGGAAUCAAGGCCUCUUCUGGAGGCGGCCGAUCUUCUGCACGAGAGACUAUUGGCCGAGUUGCUGCUGGAGCUAUUGCCGACAAGUACCUGGCUGCUGUCAACGACAUUGAGAUUGUUGCCUUUGUGUCCCAGGUCGGCGAUGUUUCCAUGGACCGAUCUCCCAGAAACGAGCAGUGGAUUUCCACUCUGGAGGGCGUCACUCGAGAGGGCAUUGAUUCCACCGGCCCCAUGCGAUGUCCCGAUCUGGCCCUCGGAGAGAAGAUGGUCAAGAUUGUGGAGGAGCACAGAGACUCGCAUGACUCCGUUGGAGGAGUUGUCACCUGUGUGAUCCGGAACUGCCCCGUCGGUCUCGGCGAGCCCUGUUUCGACAAGCUGGAAGCCACUCUCGCCCACGCCAUGAUGUCCAUCCCCGCCACCAAGGGCUUUGAGUUUGGUUCUGGCUUUGCCGGAGCUGCCAUGUCUGGAUCCAAGCACAACGACAUGUUCUACAAGGACGUGGCCUCCGGCCGGUUCCGAACCCGAACCAACUACUCCGGAGGCGUCCAGGGCGGAAUCUCCAACGGCGAGAACAUCUACUUCAACAUUGCCUUCAAGCCCCCGGCCACCAUUUCUCAGGAGCAGGCCACUGCCACCUACGCCGGUAAGGACGGUGUGCUGGCUGCCAAGGGCCGACACGAUCCCAACGUUGUGCCCCGAGCCGUUCCCAUCGUUGAGGCCAUGGCCGCUCUGGUCAUUGCUGACGCCCACCUCAUUCAGGAGUCCAGAAAGGGCGCAAAGUCCUUUUUCUAA